AUGGCCUCUCAUCAGCAACACCACUACCAUCAUGUUGCUCAGCACCAUCCACCACCUCUGCCGCGCAGCUUGAGCGACUACGACAGCCUCCUCAAAUUUCCACGACGCGGCAACGAGCACAAGUCCCCGCCGGUUCACGUAAAGCUGUCGAAGCGUCCAUCUGGGCACAGAGCGUGGCGACAUUGCCGCGCCUCGUCUCGCUGGCUAUGGGAGGCGCUGAGCCUCACUGCGUCCACGGUGGCCCUUGUCGCCAUCAUCAUCCUGCUGCGCGUGUACCAAGACCGCACGCUCGAGCAAUGGGGCCUCCCCGUGUCCAUCAACGCCGUCCUCGCCAUCCUCUCGGCCGUCUUCAAGGCCACUCUUGCGUUGCCCGUUACCGAAGGUAUAAGCCAGCUGAAAUGGUUCUGGUUCGCCGACAGAGCUCGCGGCCUCGAUGACAUGCAAGCCUUUGACAACGCCAGCAGAGGCCCGUGGGGCUCGUUGCUGCUGAUUUUCCGCCAGUUCACUCCUCGCCGAGAUAGGUCAUAUCUCGCUGCUUUCGGAGCGGUGCUGCUCCUCCUAGCCUUGGCCGUGGAUCCCUUCUCGCAGGCCCUCAUCAGCUACUACAGCUGUCUGGUGCGAUCCACGGACAGGGCGGCCAUUCCCAGAGUAAACUUUUACACUGCCACCGGCGCACACGUCGGAGCCGGCUCGGAGGCGCUCGACGCUCCGAUGCAGCUCGCUCUCUAUCUGGGCGUCCUCGAUCCACCCGACAACAGUUCUGCCAGCGUUGUGGUGGACUGUCGUACUGGCAACUGCACGUUUCCUGCCGACACAGGGGCCACCUUCACCACCCUGAGCAUCUGUCACACUUGCACUAACCUCACGUCUUCGAUCAUCAAACCUGCUGGCAUGUACAAUUGGUCCCUCCCUGGUGGUCAAGUUCUCAACCAUGAGGGAGCGCUCCUCAACACGACCAUAAGCAGACUGGGCGGCUGGAGUCCGCUGGGCAAGCGAGACGCUCUCUUCAAUAUCACCCUGUUGUCUCGAGCCCGGGGACGCAAUUGCCCCACCUGCAUCAGAUUCGGCAGGGAGUUCGCGGCCUCGUGUGAAUUCGCACCGUGCAUCAAGACGUACGCUGCCAACCUGACAAAAGGGCGUUACGAAGAGCGGGAGCUGGACCAGCAGAGGCUAAAUUGGGGAGAAUUCACCAUGGACUACUCCCUCGCCGUCAACCGCACGCUUCGCGGGGGUGUCUGGACCGACUGCACCUGGACAGGCACAAAGACAGAGACGCACACGAUCCAGGUCUUCAAGACGAACAGGACUGUGACCAACGACUGGGCCGACGGAACGUUUUCGUAUAACCGGUACAAGGCCACCUACCCGAACAGAACGCUGCCCGUGACUGUGUGGUACCGACCAGAUUGUGUCUUCAAGUUUGGCUACAGGGCGUCCGAUGCAAUAUUUCAGAACCUGGAUGAGUAUUUCUGGGGCGGCAAGACCCUGCAGUUUGGCGGCUCGGUGGAGGGAAACUAUGGGCUGAUUUGGCUCCAGUCGCUGUGGAACAACGGCAGUAUAGAUAUCGCCGGGGUCGACGGUUUCAUGGGUCGCCUCGGCUUGGGCAUGGCGGCGCAGAUGCGCAGGAACCCCGAGACUGAGGCCGAGGCCUUUGCGCUGGGCCAGUCGUGGAAGGCCGACACGUGCAUCGGGGUGCAGUGGGCGUUUCUGAGCUUCCCGGCCACUCUCUUGGUGUUGGAGGUGCUCUUCUUCGCGGGGCUGGUGUUGGCGGGCCGCCACAGCGCCUGGCUAGGGGAUUGGAAGUCGUCGGCGCUCGCUCCGCUCUUUCACGGGUUCGCUAGGGUCGACGACGGAGCCAGGGGCGGCACCGGCGGUCGAGCUGCUCCCGGGUCUGCCGACGGCAUGCUCGCGGCGGCGAAGCGGAUCGAGGUCCGGCUCACCGACGACGGUGGGCAGUGGAUGCUGCAGGCAACGCGCAGGCCCGCAGGUGGUGGUGGUGGUGGUGGUGGUGAUGGUGGUGGUGGCCCGGCAGCAGCAGCAGGACGAGGAGGAGGAUGGUGA